GGGGGACCCGCACAGUGAUGGAGCGGCGACAACGCUGAAAAGGAUGCAAUAAACACCCUUGUCGAUCCGUGAAGGGGCUUUUCUUACAGACUGUGUUACAGAACCUCGGGAGAUGUAUGGCAGUGCACGCGCCGUCAGCCACAUCGAGGGCAGCCCUGCUCGCUCUCCACGGCUGCCCCGCUCUCCUCGGUCGGGCCACCGUCGAGCCAACAGUGGCAGUUCGGGCAGCAAGACCUUAUCCAUGGAGAACAUCCAGUCCCUCAAUGCUGCCUACGCAACAUCUGGCCCAAUGUACUUGAGCGACCAUGAAGGUGUCGGAUCCACGGCUACUUACCCUAAAGGCACCCUGACGCUCGGUCGGGCCACGAGUCGAGCGAUGUACGGCGGUCGGGUUACGGCCAUGGGCAGCACCCCUAAUAUCGCAAUGGUGGGACUCCCGCACGCCGACCUGCUGUCUUAUGGAGAUCUGGGCUCACUGUCUAUGCUCCACCACCAGGGGACGCCGUCGGCCCUGCUGCGACAGGCGGUUAGGGGCAGUGGAGGUGAACUUUUGGAGCUCCAAGCACAGAUGCGGGACAUGCAGAGGGAAAAUGAGCUACUACGGAGGGAGCUGGACCUGAAGGACAGCAAGCUGGGCUCUUCCACUAAUAGCAUCAAGAGCUUCUGGAGCCCCGAGCUGAAGAAAGAACGCGUGAUGAGGAAAGAGGAGGCAGCUCGCACGUCAAUUCUCAAAGAACAGAUGCGAGUGACCCACGAGGAGAAUCAGCACCUGUUGGACGCCAGGAGAACAAAGCACCUCCAGUUGACCAUCCAGGCCCUGCAGGAUGAGUUGAGGACUCAACGUGAUCUCAACCAUCUUCUCCAGCAGGAGAGCGGGUCGCGGGUCAGUGCUGGUGAGCACUUCACCGCCAUCGAGCUAACCGAGGAGAACUUCCGUCGACUCCAAGCCGAACACGACCGUCAGGCCAAAGAGCUCUUCCUCUUGAGGAAGACACUGGAAGAGAUGGAGCUGAGGAUUGAGACGCAGAAACAGACGCUAGGAGCCAGAGACGAGUCCAUAAAGAAGCUGUUGGAGAUGCUGCAGAGUAAAGGACUUCCCCCAGCCUCAGGAAGAGCAUCAGAUGAGGAAGAGCAAGAGCGAGCCAGGCGUAUCGCAGAGGCUGAAGCACAGCUGGGACACCUGGAGGUGAUAUUAGACCAGAAGGAGAAGGAAAACAUCCACCUGAGAGAGGAGCUUCAUCGGAGAAACCAACUUCACCCAGACCCUGGAAAAACUAAAGCUCUUCAGACUAUCAUAGAGAUGAAGGACACCAAAAUUGCAUGCCUGGAACGCAACAUUCGAGACCUGGAGGAUGAGAUACAGAUGUUAAAGGCGAAUGGAUUGUUGAACACGGAGGAUCGAGAGGAGGAGAUCAAACAGAUGGAGGUCUACAAAAACCACUCCAAGUUCAUGAAGACCAAGAUUGACCAGCUCAAGCAGGAGCUCUCAAAAAAAGAGUCUGAGCUUUUAGCUCUGCAAACAAAACUGGAAACUCUAAAUAAUCAGAAUUCAGACUGCAAACAGCAUAUUGAAGUGCUCAAAGAGUCCCUCACUGCCAAAGAGCAACGCGCUGCCAUCCUACAAACAGAGGUGGACGCUCUUAGAUUGCGUCUGGAGGAGAAGGAAUCUUUCCUUAAUAAGAAGACGAAGCAACUGCAAGACUUGACAGAGGAGAAGGGAACACUGGCCGGGGAGAUCAGAGACAUGAAAGACAUGCUGGAAGUCAAAGAACGCAAGAUAAACGUCCUACAGAAGAAGAUUGAGAACCUUCAGGAGCAGCUGAGGGAUAAAGAUAAACAGCUCGGGAAUCUAAAGGACAGAGUGAAGUCUCUCCAGACGGACUCCAGCAACACUGAUACUGCCCUCGCCACGCUAGAGGAAGCCCUGUCUGAGAAGGAGCGAAUUAUCGAGCGCCUGAAAGAGCAAAGGGAGAGGGAAGACCGAGAGAGACUGGAGGAGGUGGACUCAUAUAAAAGAGAGAAUAAAGACCUAAAAGAGAAGGUGAACUCUUUACAAGUGGAGCUAACAGAGAAAGAGUCGAGUCUCAUAGAUUUAAAAGAGCACGCCUCCUCACUGGCCUCGUUAGGUCUCAAGAAAGACUCCAAACUCAAGUCCCUUGAGAUCGCAAUCGAGCAAAAGAAAGAAGAAUGCAGUAAACUGGAGACACAGCUACAGAAGCAAGCAGAGCAGCUGUUCAGUCAAAUGAACAAUCCCAAGGCUCAUGAUAUGGAGGUGCAACAAAGCUCACGUGGGAACCCUGAGUAUGUGGACCGGGUCAAGCUUCUAGAAAAGGAGGUGUCCUUCUACAAAGAGGAGUCCAGCAAAGCCCAGGCCGAGGUCGAGAGGUUAUUGGAGAUUCUGAGAGAGGUGGAGACAGAUAAAAAUGACAAGGAUAAGAAGAUCGCAGAACUGGAAAGUCUUGCUCCUAGGCAAACCAAGGAUCAAAAUAAAAAGGGCCCAGGCAUCAAGCUUGGUCCUCAGAUGGACAAGAAAGGCCCUGGGAAUAUCUUGCAAGACCAACGGAAGGAUAAUCCAAUGGACAACCCAAAGAUGGAGGAGUUAUUGAAUGUUUUGGAGAAGACGAGGCAAGAGUUGGAAGCCACUAAACAGCGUCUGUCCUCCACCCAACAGUCUCUGACUGAGAGAGACGGCCAUCUGACCAACCUCCGACAGGAGCGCAGAAAACAGCUCGAGGAGAUCUUGGAGAUGAAACAACAGGCUCUGCUCGCUGCUAUCAGUGAGAAGGAUGCUAACAUCGCUUUGCUGGAGCUGUCCUCCUCCAAUAAGAAGAAGACACAAGAGGAAGUGUUGGCCCUGAAAAGAGAGAAGGACAGACUAAUGCAUCAGCUCAAACAACAGACACAGAGCAGGAUGAAACUUAUCGCUGACAACUACGAGGAUGACCAUUACCACCCUCACGCUCCACCUCCUCGACACCCUCCACCACACCAUCGGGGUCCAGGCCGUGGACCGCCGCAUCCCGGACACCGACCCGCUCCAGACCAGGAUGAUGAAGAAGGAAUUUGGGCAUAACUAUUUCCAAACCAAAGCUAUGAUGUUGUUUUGUGGGACAAUUCAGUCACUAAAGGAGGAGCACAGCCAUGCCAUACAGAUGAAAUUCUACAUUGUUCACUUGGCCAGUCUUUACCUACAAUCAGAUUCAUUCUUUUGGAUGGGGCCCCGUUUUUUUCCAUGCAUUAAGGAAAGAGGCGGAUCAUUAGUUUGAGUGGGAGGGCCAAAGCUGGAGAUGACCACCUGAGCAGAUGAUUAAAAAAAAAAAAAAAUGGAGAGGAAGUCUUGACUGAACAGAAACACAGUUACUUCCUGGUGCAGUCCUUUUUCUAAAGACAUUUGCCUUGAAGACUCUCCAUGCUCAGUUAACACUAGAUGAGACACUGCAGCUGCUCCUAGUUGCCUGGUUUUCACUUGAGACCAGUGCAUCCAGCUGGACCAGCCCCUUCUCAUCACUGCCCCGCCCACUCUCAUCUAGCUCCACCUCUUCAAUGAAGCAACAUGUCAGCCUGCACCCAUUCAAGCCUUGAUUCUGUCAUUUCUCUGCUUUUUUUUAUGUAAUCCAAUGUAAAAUAAUACCAUCCUAAUAAUUUCAUUUUGAACCAUUUUUUACGAUCACGUCUGCAUUCGCAAGUCUGCCAACUGUUGCCUGCCUUCAAUUCUUUAGAUUUUAUCAUAUGUGCUACUGUAUACAUUUAUGUACUUAGGUUUGAGUAUGCUCUACGAUAAGCAUUUAAGUCUCCAUUUUUGGUUUUUAGUGUAUAUUGGACCUUAGAGAGUUAGUAUACCUCAGAGGUAGUCUACUCUAUGCAGAGUUCAUUUCGUCUCACCGAUUAUAACGCACAUAACAUACACCAUGCUAACCAGAAUUUGCCCUUUCUUUUUGCUUGUGCUCCACUCAAAACACCAAGCCUGGUCUGCAUGUAAGCUCUCAUGCACCUAUGCACCUCCACCCCUUACAACAGGGAACAUUUCUAAUGGUGCUUCAACUGGUGCUCAGGCCCAAAAGAGAUGGAGACGGCCAUGGCUAAACUAUUUCGGACAUCAGCUGAUCUAUAACACUCCAUGAAUCCAUGGCGGCAAGUUUUUCGGAAUAUAAUUGAGAUGUUUUCCCAAGCUACUGCUGCAGGUCGUAGCAUUGAUGAAUUCAUCAAGACGUCUGUUGACAAGGCCAGUCCAACCUGCGUGUCCCAUAAAGGGAACGUCCUUCUCCUUUAACGAACCGCCCCACCAGGUACCGGCGGAGCUACCGCCAAAUUCUCGUAACGGCUCAACAUGGUGGCGAGUGCCUAUUUAUAAAUAGAUAGUAGAUAUAUAGAUAGAGAAAUACUAGCUAAAUAAAGUGUGUCUACUGUGGUCAGACUAUUGUGUCAGAAAUCAAGGGAAACUUUUUUUUUUUUCGGUGUGUUUGAGUCGUGUGUGUUAUCAUUGUCUGUUUGGCCCUCACAGUGCUCCAAUUACAAGAUAUUUGCACUGGGGUCUAUGCAAAAAAAAGAACACAAAAGGUCUUUUGCAGGACAUGUGCAGAAUCAAGAAACUAGAUCUUCAGCUAGAAAAAGUGUUGUAUAGAAUAUGUUGCACCUCACAAAAAACAACAAAUCAAACGGCAAUGAGAUCUGAACAAAAUAAAUGAUUAUGGUGACCUGAGGUGGAUUUCAUCAUUGUAAACACACCUUAAAGGAAUAGUUCACCCAAAAAAGAAAAUUCCGUCAUUAAUUACU